CCCAUUAGACCUGUCCAAAAAAACCAACUUUUCGAUGGACAAGCUCCCCUGGUGUUUUCCCAUUGCUAGAUGGCCCAAUAGCUAGCACACCGAAUUUCAGCCCUCUAGCUAAACCCUCGACCCUAGCGCAAGAGCGUCAAAGUUUUCCGGUGCGAAGUACACAGAGAAGGUCAUUCUCCGGUGUGAGUCCUGCAGUUGUCGUGUCAGCAGCACUACGCAUAAAUGUAAAAUAAUGUGUGGUGAGAUCCGUGUCAUGGUCUGCGCCCCCCCCCCCCCCCCACCUAUAUCCCCGCGCCGCCCCUGUGCCGCCUUCGCCAUAUUACCGGAGGGGUUGGGUCACGUGACCACGCUGACCUGGGAGCCGCGACCGGUCGGCGCGGUCACUUGUCCCCCGGUCACCGACCGCACCGCAGCGCCACGUCCACCGACUCUACUGCACCGCUACCAGCUACGUAACUGAGACUGUUCCUGGCCACUCGUUCGUGCCAUGCCGACCACUCGAGGCGGCAGAGGAAGACGAUUUGAAGCAACAAGCGACAAAGGUGCUGACAGUGCUGGCCUGCAUCCGUGGGAAGAAGCAGUUGCGUGCGGACUACGAAGAGUCUGCGUCCCUUGCAGUUAUAGCUCUGGGCGGUGACUCGACAGAGGCAAACGGCGCUGCAUCUGUGCGCUUCAAGAAACCGGGUGCCUGCCACAAGGCGCGCUGGAUGGCCCACGUCAUCUACGGGCUACGGCAUCAAGAUGUUCUUGUUCCGACAUCAGCAACUGGAGCUGGGCAUCAUCUCCAAGGACAUGCACGACAAGCUGCGGCGGUUCGCUGUGUUUGUCUGCCUCUUUUACGUCAAAGAGUGGCUCACCUGCACAACAGCUGCGGAUGCCGCUGUCAGCAACCUCGGCAGGUACCAGGACCUCAACGUUCUCCGCAGGGUGGACCCUAAGGUAGCGGAGGCGGCAAUGGAGGUGUACGGUCGCCACACCUGGUACCUCACGCAGGAGCUGGUUACCUUGGCGCUGGUCAGCUCCCUGGUGGAUCCUCCAACGAAACGGCGGAUGGCAGACGUCAUACACGAGUAUGCGACGGAGCAGGCAACCGCAACCAGAAUGGGCAAGCCCGAUCUCCCGACUCUGCCCACCGAGGCCGGCCAAGUGAAGGCACUGGAACUGGAUGACUUCAUCGGACCAGAAUCCCGCACAGUGUUCGGAGUCCUCGGCAUCAGCGCGGGAUUUCUGCGAAAGCCGCUGCCGUGGGACGGUGAUCCGGACUUUGAUCGCCUGGCGACAUUCGUCCUGCACCUGCGGGUCACAAACGGCACUGCGGAGCGCGGAGUAAAGCUCAUUAGUGACUUCAUCGGCCACAUCACGACCUCCGACUUCGAGCUGCAGGAGCUGCUACAGGUUGUGGAGGCGCACCGUCAGCGGUACCCAGACUACAGCAAAGCCACCUUGUCAGCCGCCGUCUGAGGCCAUGAGACUGUGAUUCUGUGACUGAUCAGUGCUGUGCGUCUUUCAUUGGCUGUGAUGUGACAGAAAAGAUGUGAUUUAGGUUGUUUAUCGUCUGUUGAGAAAUGCAUUUGUUUUAUCGUUUCAUCAACAUAUGUCUUUCGUACCAAAUACGAGCAGCAGUGGAAACCAGACGCUGUGUUUUGGUUACCUUAUAUCUAAAGUAGGAUAAAGCUGCCUACCUCGGAAAAGUGACAUAAUGAUUUGCCAGUUGUUACUUGUUUCGUGUUUGUCGUUUUGUUUUGUGUCAUUACCAUUCCUAGGUAAUGUAUUAUUCAAUACAAAUCAGACGGGUUAGACCACC